AACCCCUGCGGCGGAGUCUUUCAAAUUCAAAAAUCUCAAACCGUCAGAUCGUUAGUCUUUUGCCAAUCAAAGGUCGAUAUCUCUUCAAAUCUUCAUAGAGUUUCAACUCCGUUUCGAUCUCCAAUUUCCGUACAUACAAACGGGCCUCAAAAUCGUACUGAUUCGAGCAAAUGAAGUUGAAGAUCAACAAGGCCUGCGAUGUCAACUCUAUCUCGGUCCUUCCUCCUCACACAAGGAGACCAAAUGCUGUACCAAAUGGACCACAAGCAGCGCAGCUUCGCUCUCAACCAUCAGAGCAGUCAUUUUCUCAGGGACUCUCAUCUCAGCAUAACAUGUUUUCUCAACUCUCUCAGAACUCUCAGUGUGAUAUUCUCACGAACGAUCAGAGGUUUGGCUCUCAAGAACGAGAGAAUUCUGUGAAGAAAGUUGCUUACUUACCCCCAAUUAGUCAUGCACGUGACGAAAGUCAAUUGCAGAUCUCAAGAUCUUCCACCAACCUCAUGCGCAAGUGGAGUUCCACUUCUGUUUCAGAUCAUCGAUGUCAGAAUAGUGAGGAGUUUGAACACCGGAUUGGAGUGAUGGAAACUUCAUUAAAUAAGUUUGGAAUGAUCUUGGAUUCUGUCCAGCGUGAUGUAAUGCAAGUAAACAAAGGGAUGAAGGAAGUUUCUAUGGAGAUGGAAGCCAUGCGGCAGAAGUUGAUGGCGCAAGAUAAUUCAUUGCACUUAAUGAUUAAGGGGCAAGAAGACUUCAAAACUAGCCUUGACGGAGGCAUCAAGUCUAUUUCUGAAGAACUCAGCAAAAAUACCUAUCAAGACAAAUUACAGGAGAUUUUCUUGGCGCUUUCAGCUUUACCAGAAAAGAUAGGAGUCACUGAAGCAGCUUUACUGAAAUCACAAAACAAGCUGCAUGACUCCUUCAUCAAGGAAAUGCAGAAAUUGCUUUGCACCAAGAAUCAGAGUACCUCCACCCAAAAUUGUGAAGUACCCACAAUACUUCCACCACAGGGUUCUGCAUAUCCUGCGUCUGUCCUUCUACAAGGAAAGCCACAGCCCAUUAAAAGUUCAGCUGUGCCGAAGGUUGGUGUGCAAGCAGUUGUAGUUCCAAAGAUAGAAAGAGGAGGCUGGAAGUCUGUAAAGGUGGAAACAUCUACCUUGAGUGAUAAUGGGUUCCGGCAAGUACAAAAGCCUAGCAGAUUUACUUCCAUUCCACAGGAAAGGGAAUGCAGAGUUAUUAUUGAAUCGGACGAGGAGAUUGAUGGAGCUUUUUCCUGCUUGUUCGGCGAGAAGGAAACAGACGUAGAUAUGGCUGAGGAGGUAAUGGAAGAGACGGAAAGGAUCUUGAGAAGGGCAAGAAGGCGAAAGAGAAAAUGCAGCAACACUAUAAUUAUUAACUGAAGGCACUGGAUGUCUCCUCCCAUGUGCCGGGGCAUAACCAAUAACUGCAACAUUAGGUGGUUUGAUCGCUUUUGGUAUGUCCAAUUGUUCGCUUUCUUUUUCUUCCCCUUUUAAAUCAAAUUAACUGAUAGAUGUUCGUUGGGACCCAUAUAGAUUGGCUAAGAAGUUAGAGUUCAAGCCACCAUUGUUGUAAAAAUUUGAGAAUUAAUCAACACUUUACAGUUCACACAAAUGUUAUCCGGCAGAUUGGCA